UGUCAAAUGGUUAGGGUUAUGUUGAUAAAUUAAAAGAUAAUCAAAUUUAAGAAAUAAUCUUUGAUAAAAACUUAAAAGUAUGUCUUUGUUCCCUGCAUAUUCCGAUCUCUCAGAAUCCAACACUAAUGUUGCGGAUGAAGCCUGGCUCCAACAAUCAAGUUUUCCAAUAACUGUACCCCAAAAGUCCUCAGAAAUAAAUUCAAAACAGAAUGUUGACUCAAGUUUAUCAGAUACUAACGAUCCUCAAAGUACUACGAAAAAACAUAAGAAAUCCAAGAGAAAAAUUAAGGAAGAUUCUUCUGAUAAAUCUUUAAAUGUAGAUUCAAGUCUAUCAGAUACUAGUGAUUCUCCUAUGAUUGAGAAGAAAUAUAAGAAGUCCAAGAAGAAGAUUAAGAAAGAUUCUUCUGAUAAAUCUUCAAAUAGUAUGAAAUGUGAUAUAACUGAAAAUGACAUAUUUUUUAUUGACAAGAAACCAACCAAAGAAUUUCUCAAUGUGAAAACUAUUUCUAGACCUGCAGUAGCGAAGUAUAAAAUACAUUAUUACCUCAUAAAAAAGCAUAUGAAAAAACGAAAAUUGAAAAGAUUUUAUCAUCAAUUAUCUUCUGAAGAUAUUAAAAAAAGUGAAGAUAUUGAAAAAAAUUUCAACAAUGUGAACUUUGAUUCGUUGCAACAUGAAAUGGAAUUGACACAGAAGACUGCAAUUUAUAAUAGAACAGUACAUGAGGAUCCAAAAAAUGUGGAAAUGUGGUUGGAAUUCAUUGAUUACCAAGAUAUUAUAUUCAAAUUUGAGAAGAACUAUAAAAAGGGAAGUAUAGCAAAAGGUUUAAGAGCUAAUGCCGAGCGAAAACUUAAUAUUAUAGAAAAAGCAUUAUCACACAAUCCAAAUUCUGAGAAAUUGCAUCGAAAAAGAUUACAAAUAAUGGUUAGUGUUUAUCCUGCAGAUGAAUUACAGAAGCAACUUGGAGAUUUGUUAAGUAAAGACCAAGGGAACAUAAUUUUAUGGCAAGGAUACAUUGAAGCAACACAGUGUUCCAUGUCACAUUGCAACACUUCUGCUGUAUUGAAAUUAUAUACAAGUUGUUUAUCAACUUUGCAUAAAAUAAGAAGAAACUCUUCCUCAGAUUGUGCAUUAUUAGAGGAAAAUAUUUUGAGGAUACUUUAUCAAUGUGGUUUAUUCUUAAAACAAAGUGGUCUUUUUGAACAGUUGUGGACAUUAUUAAAGAUGUACUUAGAGAUGAAUCUAGGGCAAUUAGUUCAAGGAAGCUUUGAUAUAACAGUAAACUUAAAUGAAAAAAAAUUAUUAGACUUAGAAGAUGUGGUUUUCAAAUCACAGUUACCUAGUCACGAGUUAUGGUUGAGAACAGAAAAACUGAGAGAAUCUUAUCAUUGGUUACCUGUAAUAGAAAAUUGUGAAGAUCCUCAAAGAAUCGUGUUUGCUGAAGAUGUAGUGGAGUUGAUCCAACCAAUAACCAUGCCUGAAAAUACUUACAGAUUGACUGCAACAAUUUUAACCUUAUUGAAAAUUCCAUUGCUACCUUGUAGACACAGUACUAUUCAAGAACUUGGACUUGAUUACGUGCCAUGGGCUUUAGACUCUAUAGAAUCUGUCCUUCCAAUUUUUUACCCCAUCUACCCAAUACAGUUAGAUUUAGGAAAUUUUUUGAGUGAUUAUCAAUUAUCUGUGGGUCCACAAUACCUGAAAGUAUUUCCAGGUCAAGAAGAAUAUUUAAUGUUCAUAUUAACCGUUAUAGAAAAGUGUAUAAAUUGUUUACAAGGUGAAGAUCAAACUUCUCUCAUUGUUUGGUGGUUUAGGUUUCAGAGAUUAUUAAUUAUCUUGAAUGAUAAAAUUAAACUACCUUCAAAUUUGAUUAAGACGAUGAAAUCAAAUAUAAAACACUUACUGAAAAAACCAGAGAACAGAAGUAAUAUAUUAUUUUAUGUAGAGUAUGCACUGGUUGAGAAAGAACUGAAUACUGUUGAAAGUGGUCUUAAAAUUCUUGAAAUUGCUCUGUCUUUUGUGAAAGAAUUAAAUUUUGAUCCCUCACAAAUCAACUCCGAUCAAGAACACAUGUGUUAUUUGAUAAGAACCAUUGUAGAAACUAAUAUACUUCUUGAACAAAAUGAGAAAGCCGUGAAAUACUUGGCCAACUUUGUUCUAGGAAAAACUAUUCAAUCGAAAUGUGAAAUUAAUGAAGACACCCUAAAGCAAGCUACAAUGAAAUUCAAACAUGUAUCUCUACAACUUUCAACAAAAAUGGGUUCUUCAAAAAUAUCUCCUACCAAGCAUUUGCUUCCUAUUAUCACAUGUGAUUGGGUAAUUUGUAACGGCUGGUUCAUUUAUUUAACAAAAGGUCCUUUAGAAUGUGGGGUAUUCUUGGAAGAUUUGUUGGAAAAGAUGAAUGAAAAAGAUAGUGAACCUUCUUUACAAAAAGAAAUUAUUUAUGAAUUCUAUGUGGCAACAAUGUUCAAAUUCUGCAGUAGUAAUCCUGGUUACGGAUUAUUCAAGGCACUAGAUGAUGUAAUGAAUAGAGCCUUGAGAUUGUUUCCUAAUAAUCUAUUUCUCUUAUCAGUGCUUGCCAAAGGACAGUUGUUAUUCAACUCACUUGGCCCUAAAUUUUGGAAAAUUAAAGAUUUGGCAUUGAAAACAGAACAUGCCUUACCUGUGUUAUUAAUUAUUUCCAUGACACAACAGACAAUAUUGAACUUACAUGAACAACGUACAGACACAAUUACAGGUGAAAGUAUACAAAUAGAUGAUACAUUUUUCAAGAAUACUGUUUUAUCUCUAUUUAAAGCUGCAACAAAAUCCAAUAUAUGUACUAGAAGAUGUGGUUUCAUAUGGCGUUUAUACCUACAAUUUAUUCACAAGUUUUUUGAUCCACAGUUGUGUAGACAGGUUUACUAUUGUGCUGUUGAGGAAUGCCCUUGGUUGAAGGCACUUUAUAUUGAUGCAGCAAUCUAUAUACCAGCAGAAUUAGGACAAAUUCAGGACCUUAUUAUAGAAAAACAGUUGAGAUUGCACAUAACACCUGAAGAAUUAGAAGUGUUGCGUGAUUGAUUUGUAAAGAAUAAUUUUCAGAUCAACGUAUGUAUAUAUUAUCAUCUUUAUUUAAUUUUUGUAUAUAUUGUAACCAACUAAAUCUGCAUAUUUCGUAUUGAUCUUGUAAGAAAGUUUAUUUUUCAAAAUGUGUUAAUAAAAUGAGAAUUGAAUAAAAUGUAGUGCCUUCAUAAGA